UGCAUUGCUUUCCAUAUACUCGAUUCCAACCCAACAAUACCUGCCCCUGGGCUUUCUACUUUAUACACCAAAAAUACAACAAUCAAUGACCGUAAGGGCUUAUCCAUCUCAAACCGCCGACUUUUAGAACGGGCCCUGUGGAGAUCAGACUGCCGAUACUGCCACGAUUGCCACUGUUCUUAUGGAGCUCUAAGAUCUAGGAGAAUGAAGCGCGCCUCACCAUCAUCUCGCCACUCCAGACACGAGUACUACCAAAACAACCAACCAUGAGCUCCGCCAUAGGUUCCUCUAACCUGGCGUGGCCGCCUAAACAGCGACCUUCUCAGCGAACGAAAUUGAAGAACGGAACCUUUAUCAUUCCCAGGACUGGCGAACGAUCGAGGUCGGAAUUCUCGUUAAGCACAUCUACCAACGCAGUAGUUGCAGACGAUAACCACAAGAAACCGAAAUACCAAUCGUUCGAGGCUGCUGAAUCUAUUGGUGACCGCAUCCAUAUCAUCGCACAUAAUGUCAAAACCGCAUUCAUCUUGACAUGGCUAUGGCUACAUACUGAAGAAGGCCAUGGAGUUCUCAAGUGUACACUUGCCUACGUACUUGGUAGUAUGGGUACUUUUUUCCCACCCUUGACAGCCUUUCUUGGCAACAGAGAUGGAAAGCAUGUCUCUGCUACCAUUACUGUCUACUUCCACCCAGCACGAACUGUUGGCUCUAUGCUUGAGGCGACCGUUAUAGCAGUCGUUGCUGUGUUUUACGCGGAAGUCAUAUCGUUGCUAUCGAUGGGAAUUGCAAUUGCCAUGAGAUCCCAACUCGGUUUGACUGCCGCUGCUCAUGUACUGAUCCUCAUCAUCUGCAUCGGAGGAGGACUGGGCUUUGUGGGUUGGGUCAAGCAAAGACUCAACAGCCCCCUCGUUAACGUCGGCUCAACCUUGGCAUCGAUCGCAAUCAUCUCCGUAAUCACCAAAGAGGAGGGCGUACAGGGAGGCUACUUUGACGACGACAAGAUCGUCCAGGUCUUGAAACUGCUUCUUAUUGGUAUCACUUGCACUCUUACAGUUAAUGUAUUAGUCUGGAGAAUCUCGGCGAGGCGUGUGCUUCGCAGGUCCAUCAUGACCGCCACCAGCUCUCUAGGCGACAAAUUAUCGUCCAUCACAAAAGGGUUCCUCAGUGGAACUGAAGAUGAAUUCUGGACAAGCGAGUAUGGCCGAGUCUCUGCUCGGUACAACAGCGCAUAUACAACGAUGAACUCAACACUCCGAGAAGCCAAGUUUGAGUACUUCUUCCUGGGCCGAGAAACAUUUUAUCCGCUUGAUAAACGUCUGUCAAGAUCGGUUGAGGCACUCUCCCAAGCCAUAGGAGGACUGCGAAGUGCGCUCGAAAACCAGUUCACUCUACUCAGAGAGGUUCCCAACCUGGAAGAUACUUUCCCUUCACCGAAGCCUACAGGCAUGGCAUCCACCUUGAAUCGAGCCAUUUCUGCAUAUAUUGAUGGUGGAGGGCAAACAUUGUCUGAUAUUGAUGAAUCUGGAGAGAGUGAGGAAGAACGGCUGGCGGCGAGAAACAAGUCGGAUACCGCUCUGGACGUAGCCCCCGCUUUCCAAGAGCCUUCUGACAUCUUUGCCCUCUUCAUAAACAUGCUCGGUCCGUCAAUCAAGUCGCUGGCUCAUACAUUGUCAGAAAUCCUGCGUGAGCCUGCCUUUGGUCAGGACCCAAACAAAGAUAUCACGGUGAACGAACAAUUGAGGGAGAGCCUUCGUGAUGCUCUCAAUCUUUACAACAACGCAAGAUCAGAGUCGUUGCAGGAGCUUUACCGUACCAUCCAGAUCGGACGUGCUCGAUCUGAGAAGAUUCAAGCUGAUAUCGAAGAAGUUGCUGCAGCCUGUGGACACUUCUCUUUCAGUUUACAGGCUGUCGCUGAAGAGACUGAUGCAUAUUUGGAUGUGCUAGAGGACAUCAAGUACACGACUGAGACGGCGCCGCGUUCCUGGAAUUGGCUCAAAUUCUGGAGGUACUUCAGCCGGACUGGACCUUUAGACAAAGAUAGGGUUGAAGAUCCGGAACGUGAGAGCUUGAUACAGAAACCACCUGUGCCGAGACUGCGAAAAUCUCAAAUGCCCAAAGGUAUUCCAGAUACAAUGGUCGCACGGCGAGAUACCUUCAACUGGGAUGCUGCUCCACAGUCUAGCAGAGUCAAAAGAAGAGUCGCUCAGAAAAUGCUCCAGAUUUCCCGAUUCAUCGUACGGGAGGACAUUCUUUUUGGUAUCAAAGUUGGUAUUGGUGCUCUUCUCUGGGCCAUGCUUGCUUUCAUACCAAGCACAAGACCUAUUUACCAGACAUGGAGAGGUGAAUGGGGUCUCCUUUCCUUCAUGAUCGUGGCGGCUAUGACAACUGGCUCAGCGAAUACUACUGGAACUGCCAGAUUCAAAGGUACCCUCAUUGGCGCAGCCUUUGCCGUGGUGUGCUGGACUGUCAGCCAAGGAAAUGGCAUUGCACUGGUGUUUCUGGGCGGCCUUGUAGCUUUGUUCAACUUCUAUGUGAUUUUGGUCAUCAAGAAAGCUCCACUGGGUAGAAUUGCUUUGCUGGCAUACAACGUGAGCACCCUUUAUGCCUACAGCAUCUCGCAAGAUGUCGACGAUGACGAUGAUGACGAGGGAGGAUCCAACCCUCUGAUCUUCGACAUUGCCUGGCAUCGAGUUGUUGCGGUCACUCUAGGCAUCGUAUGGGGUAUUGUUGUUUGCCGGGUCCUCUGGCCGAUUUCUGGUCGAAAGAAGUUCCGUGAAGGACUUUCUGUCCUGUAUCUUCAAAUGGGUCUCAUAUGGAAGCGUGGCCCUCUUACUGUGUCGCUUAAUAAGGAUAGCACACAUAACAACACGCUUGACUACAUGCGCGAGGGCGAACAGGCGGCUCUUCAGCGAUAUGCCUUCAAACUUGCAAGCCUGCGAACGGCUGCGAAGUCCGAGUUUGAGCUUCGAGGUCCAUUCCCAGACGCAGCUUAUGGGCGCAUCAUGCGCUCCACCAAAAACAUGCUUAAUGGUUUCUAUGCCAUGCGUCUCAUCACAUCAAAGCGGAAUCAAUUAACAGAAGGCGAGCGGGCAUUGUUAGAGUACACAAGCACAGAGAGAGCUCUUCUUUGCCAGCGCAUAUGUCACGUCUUUCAAGUUAUCGCUUCGUGCCUUAUGCUAGAGUACCCUUUGACGGACGCCAUCCCUACAGUUGAGAACAACAAAGACCGACUCUUGGGGAAAAUCUACCAAUUCCGCAAGGAGCACAUGAAUACGGAUCUUUUGGGUGACGAGUCCCCUCUGGUUGUUCAAGAGAGUGACUAUGCGCUGCUGUACGCAUACACACUCGUGACGCUACAAGUGGCAGCUGAAUUAAACAAGGUGAGGGCCGAGAUUGAAGCCCUGUAUGGAGUCUUGCACGAGGAAGCUCUGCUGCUGCAGUAGAGGAGGAAGGCUUGUUUAACAGGUGGAAAAUGGUAUUUUGCAUACUUAGUCAUCCAUGAUACCAAACUUCAGUGUUCAUCGCGUGGUGAAUUGGCGUGCUUUCUGUGUUCUGUGUAUUCUUUCUCGUGUGUGGGUAAAUAAAAGCCAGCA